CAUGUAAACUCUUUCCUUCUCAGUCGGCCGACAUUAUAAAAUCAUGGACAUUGACAGCAUUUUCAAGACACCGACAGCGCCUGCCAGUAAAGCUGGAACAAAGCGUAAACUUCUGUCUCCUGAGGAGCUAUAUCGAAAGAAUGCGCGCCAUGCCAGUUAUGAGGAGCUUACAGGACGAAGUUUUGAAGUACCUGACAAUGGUGAAGGAUCAUCAUCAUCGAAAAGACGUACUACUGUCUCUAUAGAGGAUGAAGAUGAAGGGAGAGGUGAAUCAAUGGCUAAAUAUGAGGGAGUUGCAAAUCCCGAAGAAGAAGAUGAAGACGGACGAUUCUUUGGUGAUGGACUGACAAGGGAUCAAAAGGAUAUUUUGGACUAUGUGGAUGAAAUCGAUCCUGAAGAGGAAAAAUUUGAUCUCUCGUCAGUGCGCAAAAUGAUUCUCAAGUUUGAAAAGGCGAUCAGCAAAAACCAGGAAAUGCGUGUAAAAUACCCAGAUGAUCCAACCAAAUUUAUGGAGUCAGAAACGGACCUUGAUGAGGAAAUUAAACGUCUUAUGGCCAUGACACAAGCUCCUCAUUACUACCCUGUUCUAAUCGAACUGGGCACUACAUCAUCUAUUCUCUCACUUCUUUCUCAUGAAAACCCGGAUAUUUCAAUUGACACGAUUGAACUUCUUAAGGAACUAACGGAUGAAGAAGUGUUGAACGUAGAACAAGAACAGGAUCAAGAAGAGGAUGAAGGCGAAAGAGGGAUGAAGCUCUUUGUGGACCAUUUAGUUGACCAAGGAUUAUUGGAUCUGUUGGUUCAGAAUUUAAAUCGACUGGAUGAAGAAGAAACAAAUGACCGACAGGGUGUUUUCAACAUAUUGGCAAUUUUUGAAAAUUUGACAUCAAUCGAUCCUUCCAUGUCGGAUAAAAUCGUAGCCAAGAGUCAACUCCUACCUUGGAUUAUCAAUCGAUUGAAAGUCAAAGCAUUCGAUUCAAAUAAGCAAUAUUGUAGCGAGCUCUUGGCGAUCCUAUUGCAAAAUAGCUCAGAAAACAGAAUGGCUCUUGGAAAGCAAGGUGGUAUUGACGACUUACUGCAGUUACUGGCAGUGUAUAAGCGCAAGGAUCCAAAGGACCCUGAUGAAAUCGAAAUGAUGGAGAACUUAUUUGACGGAUUAUGUUCUGCUCUGGCGGAGAAAGAGAAUAAGAGAUUGUUUUUGGAAGGUGAAGGGAUUGAACUGAUGGUGAUCAUGAUCAAGGAGAAAAAGAUGGCCCGUAUCAAGGCAGUUAAGGUAUUGGACUAUGCCAUGUCGACUAAAUCAGGCACAGCCAAUUGUUUACGUUUUGUUGAGAUUAUGGGCCUCAAGACUUUGUUCUCCAUCUUUUCACGAAAGGGUGUAGACAAGCUCAAGAAAGCCUAUAAAUCUUUCUCAGAAGUUGAAGAAGAGGAGCAUAUUAUUGGCAUCAUGGCAUCACUGGUCCGUAACCUACCAUUGGAAUCAGGACACAGACUGCGAGUGGUUCGUAAAUUUGUGGAGGACGACUAUGCUAAAUUGGAACGACUCUUGGAUUUGCGGGAGGGCUAUGAAGCCCGGUUGAAAGCAUUGGAUGAAAAGAUUGAACAGGAGAACAAGGAACAAGAGCUUGAUGAAGAAGGGAUUGCAGAGAUGGAACCUCUCCGAGCGCUGGAACGUCUCGAUGCAGGACUGUAUAUGAUGCAAUUGAUCGAUUUAAUCUUGGCACAUUUGUGUGCAGAGAACUUGGACCUAGACGAAGAGACUGAAGCCAAGAAGGAAGGUGAUGAAAGCGAAAUUAAGAUCAGGAUUAGAACACUUUUGAACAGGAGAGGUCAAUCUUUGGAUGAUAUUAGGCAGAACUUGCAAGCAUAUCUGGAUGGCCUUGAAGUCAACACAGCCCUAGCAGAGGGAGCACGGACUAAACUCUUAUCUCAAUCUGGCUCAGGACCUUUGAACGAAUCCAAUAACAAUGAAGCAUCAUCGGAAGUAGAGGAAGGAGAGGUCACUGCGAUCAGCACAGACACAGAACUUACACAAGAGGAGGAGUUGGCGCUCGAGGCAUUGGAGGCAAAAGAGUUUGUGCAGUAUGUUUUGAAUCUCUUAGAAUAAACUAUGC